AAAAAACAUUGUGGCAACAAGGAAUGGAAGGCGGAUUAGAGAGAGAACCAAUGAAGGGUAAAAUAGAUAGAGAUGCUAAGAUGGACUAAGAAACCAUUUCGGUAGUUAGUGAAAAGUUAAGCGAUCGUUUUGUUAUGACUACAAAGUAAGUGACCAUUUUCUCAUUUAGCCCUGAGGUGAGAGACCGGCCCAUCCAAUAUUAGACUAAGUCAAAGUCCUGGGCCAGGAAAUCGGCCCAUAAUUUUGUUUUAGAUGGGCCCAUACUUCGUCCAGUUGUGGUCCAACAUCAACGUCCAUGGGGACAAGAGAUUAACUCCGCCCGCUCCAUGACAAAGGAAUCAAACGGCUCGGAUUCUCCAACCUCAAAAACCUCCAAAAACAUCUGACAAGACCUAAAAGCGACUCCUUCCUGAAUCCUGAUCGACCUUAAGGCUUGGCUCGAUUUCAUCUUCUGCAUUGCAAGCAAAAGCUUCCAGCGAAAAGCUUCGGAUCAUCAGCGACAGGUGAAAGAAACGAUGUCGGUCACCCUCAACAAUGGCUUGAAGAUGCCCAUCGUCGGGCUGGGAGUGUGGCGAAUGGAAGGGAAAGAGAUUAGGGACCUAAUCCUGAACGCUAUCAAGAUCGGCUAUCGCCAUUUUGAUUGCGCUGCUGAUUAUAAGAACGAGGCUGAAGUUGGGGAAGCGCUUGCUGAAGCUUUCAAGACUGGUCUUGUGAAAAGGGAGGAGCUUUUCAUCACUACUAAGCUGUGGAAUUCGGAUCAUGGACAUGUUCUGGAGGCUUGCAAAGAUAGUCUGAAGAAGCUUCAGCUAGAUUAUCUGGAUCUCUACCUUGUUCACUUCCCUGUCGCCACCAAGCAUACCGGAGUUGGCACGACAUCUAGUGCUGUGGACGACGAAGGCGUUCUGGAAAUCGACACAACCAUAUCGCUAGAAGCUACUUGGCAUGACAUGGAAGACCUUGUCUCCAAGGGUUUAGCUCGAAGCAUCGGUAUAAGCAACUAUGAUAUCUUUCUCACCAGAGACUGCUUAGCCUAUUCGAAAAUCAAGCCUGCAGUGAAUCAAAUCGAGACUCAUCCAUAUUUCCAACGUGAGUCUCUCGUGAAAUUCUGUAAGAAGCAUGGUGUCUCAGUGACAGCUCACACCCCUCUGGGGGGCUCUGCAGCUAACACCGAAUGGUUCGGCUCAGUCUCGUGCUUGGAUGAUGAUGUUCUCAAAGGUUUGGCUGCGAAAUACAAGAAAACACCUGCUCAAAUUGCACUAAGGUGGGGGAUCCAGAGAGACACAGUUGUCAUCCCCAAGUCUUCCAAGGUUGAGAGACUUAAAGAGAACUUUGAAGUUUCCGACUUUGAGCUUACCAAAGAGGAUAUGGAGCUGAUCAAGGGAAUGGACAGAAAGUAUCGUACCAAUCAACCUGCCAAUUUCUGGGGUGUCGAUCUCUAUGCUUAGAUUGGUAUCUUGUCUCUGGUUAUCUUUGAGAACCGUUGAACCUAUCCUGAAUAAGGAGCUGGACACAUUUCUAGUGUAAGUUUUUCAAAUUAGCUCCAAUUGUCGACUCAGUCAACCAAGUAGAUCAAGGCUCGUUAUGGUCAAUCCCGAUUUGAUAUGUCGGUUUCACAUCAGUUUAAGUCAGCAAAUCAAUGUUCGAGUUGGCGAUGUGCGCUUAAAAUUUGUAUACAUAAUAAUAUUGUCUUGGUAAAUUUGUACUUUUUCACGGCCCAAUAAAUAAUUAAUAAGCCAAUGAUUUUUUCCCG